AUGUCUCUUCCUUACCCGAAUUCUCAAAUUACUCCUCGAUAUUCUAUUUCGGAAGAACAACUUAUCUCACAACCCACCAAAGUCACUUCGACACCGAAAUUAACAUGCAGUAAUGUUACAGCUUUACACCCGUGUAGACAGCGUGUAGAAACAUGGCCGUUUGUAACGUGCGCCAACACCUAUUCCGAUAAUCACGAAGAAGGAAGCGGGACUUGUAACUACAGCAUAGAGGAAAAAGGCAUGGGAAUAAAUAGUAGUAGAUAUAAUGCAGCAAUGGAAAUGUGCUACGACAACGAAAUUGAUGACGUUCGUGGUAUUUGUGAUGAAGACAACAGUAAUAAAAGCUACCACAACGAUGACAAAAGUGUAGAUAGCACGCAAGAAUGGCGUAGAAUCAGAAUUUGUGAAAAUGAACGACGACGACAACGACGAAAAUUUACGGGAUACAAGAAAAGACAAUGGUUGGUGAAAAGUGAUACAAUUACUCAAUUUAUUGAAACUUUUGUCCUAUUUGUUAGCAUUAUGCAAACUUCACUGGCUUGUCCUGAAAUUAUCAAAUCGCUAUGUCGUUGUGAUGAUUCGCAGAACGGUAUAAUCCUGAAAUGCUCACAUACUGAUGGAUCCCAAGUUGUCUACAUGUUGAAAGCUAAUCAAAUCAACUUGGGUUUGAUUCAACAGUUAGAAAUGCAAAAUUGUGGGUUGAAACAUAUUCCUGCUGGAUUUUUUUCCGGAUUAUUCAUCAAGAAACUGGAUUUGUCAUACAACAGUAUUGUAGAUAUCGAUGAAAACAGCUUCCUGGGAAUGAACGAUAUUUUACAGGAACUUAUAUUACAUCAUAACAAUUUAACACAGUUACCAUCUAAAGCACUAACACCACUAUCAGCACUUUUACGGCUCAACUUGUCCAACAAUUCAAUUGGUGACAUUGAAGCGGAGCAUGCCCUUCCACCAUUAUCAAAGCUAUACGAUAUUAGCUUAGCGAACAAUCGUAUAUGCCAGAUACAUAAGAGCGCAUUUGAUGGUGUUAAACAUAGUAUACAGACGAUUAACCUUGGCAGGAAUUGUUUGAAGAAAGUGCCAGCGUCAGCAGUUCGAGGAUUCAAACAAUUAAUGGCAUUGCACUUGCACAACAACAACAUCAGCGCACUGGAAGCACUGUCAUUUAUGAACUUACCAUUAAUUAAUUUGCUGAAUUUGGCAUCAAAUCAAAUCACAACCAUUCAUAAUCGAGCAUUCCUCAAUGUACCCAACUUGCGAUACCUCUACUUGACCCGAAAUCGAAUUACUAAUAUCUCGCCACACCUUUUCGGUUCAUUCGAACAGCUCGAAAUGCUUGACUUGACUGGAAACCACCUGGCUGAACUACAGGAAAAUUCAUUUUCAAAUUUGAAAAAUUUACGACAACUAUACCUAGGUGAAAAUCAUAUCGAGAAAAUAAGACCGGGUAGUUUCAUAAAUAGCUCAGUGGUUAUCCUAAUUUUGAAUUCAAACCGUCUCGAGAAACUUCAAGAAGGAAUGUUUGAUGGAUUAACUAAAUUGCAACAAUUGGCUCUUAAGGAUAACCGGAUCCACUCCAUCGAUCAAAAUAGUUUUUAUUCCAAUCAAGGUUUGGCAAUGCUUGACUUAAGUAAUAAUAAACUGGUAGAUAUACCACCUUCAACAUUUCUGGCUCAAAUUAAUCUAUUUCUUAUCGAUCUAAGCGGUAAUAAAUUGGAACGUACACCCUACGAAGCAUUUAGAAGACAAGUGAAAGUAGUACUUUUACAAGAAAAUCCUUUGGUUUGUUCGGAAGGAGUGCAUAUGCUACAGCAAGGUGUAGGAAUCUACAUAGCAAGCAGUGAAGACGUCAUCUGUGGACUACAUAAGAAUCCUAACCCAAAUAGCGUUGGCAUAACUGAUGCUACAUAUACGCCACCGACUUCCACCUAUUUUAUAAUGAAUAAUGGAAAAGAUGGCAAUUUUAAACAUGAAGAGCUUUUGCUAACUAAAUCUCCACCAAUCAUUCGUCCACUAUCCAGCAUCGAUAAUGAAGCAAACAAACCAGAAACUAGUGUUCGCGAACAAGAAAAGACCCGUACAAAUGAAGUGAUUCCAGUAAGACCUGUUAAUGCAUCUGUAAACAUACAACCCAAUUUACCUCUACAGUCAUCAGAAAUGUUCAGCACUGAGCAACUGAUGAAUGCUGUGGAAAGUCGAGUAAUCACAAUUCCUAAAUCUCGGAAAUCCGGCACGGGAAGAUAUGAAGAAAAAGUGUCGAAUUACAAGGAAAUGCGUACCGGAGGCAGAAGUUAUCAACAUCCGUUUGAUGCCACUGACACAAUACAUCCUUUUCCGGUACCUUUCUUGAAACGCCCCACAAAACUGUCAGAAGCAUAUGCAGCUGUACCCGGAAUAACAAUAAUUACGGACCUAACAUCUGCAAAUAACAUGACAUCCAACGAACAAACACUACCACCCAGUAUCGUUAUUGCCAAUCACGUACAGAAAAUUGACCACACUACUCCAGCACAAAAGAUUGACAGAGAUCACACUGGGAAAAAUUCUAUGGAAAAUAUGAGGGGAGCGCAGGAAAGUGGAGAGAUUUUGUUUGAUCUAGAUAAUACAGAAAGGUUGGAACGUGUAACAGCUCCAUCAGUGAUUAUACUGAUUUGUUUAAGUACCGUAGCCAUUGUUAUGGCUGCCGUGCUUAUUGGUUUAUGUAUUGCGAAACAUCGUCGACUGCAAACUUGCCAUGACUCGAUGACAACUGAUAGCGCUGCACGUACUAAUGCUUAUGUUGCUGCUCAGCUCGAUAUGAUCUACGGAACAAUAAGACGGAAUCGAAAUGCACCGAUACUAAAUCGAUUUGACGAUGGACAACCAUGGAUUUAUGCUCCUGCUUCGUACGGAACUGCCGGUUACUACAAAUAG